AUGUUGACAUAUGCUAGCAUGAACAAAGGAGUGGGCCUCGGAGGUGGAGCCGGUGGCGGCAGUGGGCCGACUGCCGCUGCGGCGGCGGCAGCGGCACAAAAACAGAAAACCCUUCUGCAGAGAGUGGACACAGACAUUGGAAAUCUUGUUGACAAUUUUGGGUACAUAGUCAACGUGACUCGGGUUAAUGAUCCACCCGUGCGGAACUCCCAGGAGUCUUUCAUGAUGGAAAUGCAUGCGGCUAGAAUGGUUCAAGCUGCCGACUCACUGCUCAAAUUGGCGUCGGAAUUGAAGCAGACUGCAAUUUUCUCGGGAUUUGCAUCUCUGGAUGACCAUGUAGACCGGAGAACGCACGAGUUCAAUAAUUUGGCUGAAAUUACAAAUGGGAAAUUGUCGAGAAUUGGGGAGGAGGUUGCAGCUAACCUCAAGGAACUCGAGUCUCAUUACUACUCGGGAAAAGCACCGUUAGUAGUUCAAGCUGCUGCUGACUCGCUGCUCAAAUUGGCUUCGGAGUUGAAGCAGAUUGCAAUUUUUCUCAGAGCUGCACCAUGUAGACCGGAGAACGCACAAAGUUCAAUAAUUUGGCUGAAAUUACAAAUGGGAAAUUGUCGAGAAUUGGGGAGGAGGUUGCAGCUAGCCUCAAGGAACUCGAGUCUCAUUACUACUCGUCCGCACUCACCGUUAGUCCACACGAGGCUUCAGAGUAAAGGGAGGACAGAAUUGUAA